AGGGGUGUGUGACGUGGGGUGAAGCAAGUGGGGGCGACAAUUGAGUAGUGAAUGACGAUGGCGACUUCGGGGGAUUUGUGGACAGAAGCGGUUGAGUGGUUUACAGCUGCCCAGGAGACUAGCGUGCGGUUCAGCCUUGCGGUGGCAAUGCUACGAUCGGCUGCUGCUGUGGAGGUAGUUCCGUCGAUUUCGUGGCUUCGGAGUGUGAUGCAGGGUCUGUUGGAGAUAUCAUGGGGGUUGGAGGAGGGGCCGGCCCCCCAUCUGCAUGCGAUCUUGGAUAGGCCACGACUGGACAGAUUGAUGCGGAGCCACUUUGAGGAGCUUGAGGAGGGGCAAGCUCUAUAUGCCGUGUUGGAGGCCCGAUACUACGAUAACGAGGACGACAUCACGGACGAUGCCAACAGCGACACAAGUGCGACCGGCGGCCAUGCUAUCAACAAUCUCAAUGAAGCCAGCACCUAUAUUGUCGACGAUCAAAAUCACAAUACCAACAACCACAAUGAUGAUGACUAUAAUAAGAGUGCCGAUAAUGAUGGCGGCAAAGACUGCUUCGAAGGUGACGAUGCCGCUCUCCUUGAGGCCGCUGACGAGAACAACAUUAACAUCAGUCUUGAUGACAACAACAACAACAACAACAAAGGCCGGCACAAUCAAUAACAAUAACGACGAUGACUCCAAUAACAACAAUAACAACUGCAAUUCGGCUGCAGACAAUACGCCGGGGAACCGUGACGACUGCAACAAUGGUGUUAAUAACAACAACACAGCCGGCGAUAACAAAAAUGAUAACAACAC